AUGAACAGCACAGGAGUUCCCAGGCUUGCAGUUGCUUCGUCACAGCAACAACCUCUCAGCAAAACAUCUUCACAACUCGCUGCUCAGAAAUCGCUUGGCGAAGCUCGAGCAAAACUCAAGCUUGAACACGCCGAGGCUACCACAGCAGUAGUAGAUCCCUCUGCAACAAAACCUCCGCGGUUGACUGCUCGAGAAAGGGCAAAGCACCCAAAGCUUACCCCUACUGACGAUAUCCUGACCACUGUUGCCGCGAAUCCGUGGGCAGCUCUCACCAGCUCAGAACAGCUGGAAUCUUCGCCCCUCCCGGAAGGGUGGACGGAACACAAAGCUCCUACGGGCCAGGCUUACUAUCACCAUGACUCGACCAAACAAUCUACAUAUGUACGUCCUUCGCAGGCUCAGCAGCCCGCUGUGCGGUAUUCGCAACAAGCUCCGAACGGUAUCACAGGGCUUUCAUUUAACGGACACCGUUUAAACAAUUCAUUUGGCAUCAGCGGAGGUCUUCCCACGUUUGAAGGCAUUGGCAAUCAUCCACAUGGCAAUAGAAUCGAUUAUCGCGGGAGCGGGGGUAGCAGAGGAGGACACGCCAACCAACAGAAGCUUCAACCGAAAGACAGAUCCAAGUUGAAAUACGAUAUUCCUGGAUGCAAACCAUGGGUAUUGGUGAAGACGAAGCUUGGAAGACGUUUUGUGUACAAUCCUGAGAAGAAUGAGAGCUUUUGGAGGAUUCCUUCGGAUGUGUUGCCAAGCCUGACCGAAUUUGACAGGCAGGAACGGGAAAAGAGGACCAGACAAGAAUGCGGCGAGAGCGGCGACAUGGAAGAUGAAGAGCAAGCUGAAGCAGAGACCGUGCUAGCAACAGCUGCAAAUGGAGCUCCAACGGCGGCUCCAGCGCCGGGAACCAGCCUUGCUACCAAUCAACAGACGGACCGACAGGCAUUAGAUAGCGACGACGAAGAGUACGAGGAGGUCGAAGUCACGGAUGACGAGGACGUUAAAAAUCCAUCCAAGCGUCAAAAGACAGAAGACGAGAACAUUGAGCAAGCGGUUGAAUUUAAUGAAGACGACAUAGCAUUUCAACUUGCUGCCAUGGGCCAAGACUACGGGUUGGAUCCGGGCGAGUAUGGUGACGGCGGUGGCGAGGAGUUGAUAGAAGGCGCCGAAGGCUUGGCUCUGACUGAAGAAGAUGCAAAAGCGUUGUUCAAGGAUAUGUUGAGUGACCAGGGGAUCAGUCCAUAUACGACUUGGGAGAAGGUCAUCGAGGCCGGCUAUAUCGUGGAGGAAGAGCGUUAUACAGUACUGCCAAACAUGCGAUCGAGGAAGGAGGUGUGGGGUGAAUGGACUCGGGAUACUAUUCAACGCUUGAAGGAACAGCGAGAGAAAGAAGAGAAGAAGGACCCGAAGAUACCAUACUUUGCCUUCUUGCAGAAGAAUGCUACGCCUAAGCUCUACUGGCCUGAAUUUCGGAGGAAGUACAAAAAAGAGCCUGAGAUGCACAACAACAAGCUUUCUGACAAGGAUCGGGAGAAAUGGUAUCGCGAUUAUAUCAGCCGUCUCAAACUUCCAGAAGUCACUCUGAAAUCCGAUCUAAUUAAGCUACUGAAGUCGACUCCACUCUACGCACUCAACGAAUCUAUCACGAUCCACGCGCUGCCAGCGACCCUUCUGACAGAUCUCCGCUACAUCUCACUACGACCAGCCAUCCGAGACCCAUUGAUAGAAGCACAUAUAUCUACCUUGCCACCCGCUCCGACCAAACUUGAGGUCUCACUCGAAGAGCAAGAAGCUCAGGCCAAAGAGAGGCAGGAGCGUCAGCGAAGGCAAGAGGCGCUGGCGGAGCGCCAAAGACAGGUACAAGGAGAAAAGAGAAGGCAGAACGGCGCUUUGAGAUACAGCAAGGGUAUGCUACGCGAGGGCGAAGAGGAAGUUCAGAGAGCUAUGAGAGUUGGAAAAGAAGGGCUACUGGGACACAUGGCGGAAGAGGAGUGA